CUUUGCGUGUGUUUGUUUUGAUGCGCUGGGGUCUCUAUUUCUUGCUUCUGUUCCGCCGUAUCAGCGUCAUUGAUCUCUCUCUCUCCGUAGGGAAGGAAAUCUGAAUCCAUGGCUACCUUAGCGGCUGCUGCAGUUCGUCAAGCCAGAGCCCUAACUCGAGUCUCCUCUCCUCAAUCAACCGCGACCCUUAUUCACCGCCGCGGUCUCGCUGGCGCUGCUGACCACCAUGGACCACCGAAGGUUAACUGUUGGAAAGAUCCUAUGAGCCCAUCUAAAUGGAAGGAAGAGCAUUUUGUGAUUGUCUCUCUAUCGGGAUGGGGCCUACUCUUCUUUGGAGGGUACAAGUUCUUUACCAGGGGCAAAGGAAAGAAGGAAGAGAAACUUGUGGAAGCAUCACAAUGAGCUGAGAGCUAUGGGCAUUUUCCGGUUAUGCUGAAGGACUCCUCAUAAUAAUGUAUUCCUUGGACCUCAUGAGUCUGCGGAUUUCAUUUCAAUCUCAAAUCCCUUCUCAGACUAGUUUACGAUCCAUAUCUUGUAGCUUUUUCUUGACAUUUAUGUUAUUUCAUGCACCAACUUCGUCCCAUAUCUAAUAAUACCAUUUUACCAACUUGGAAGCCCCACAGUUUAUUCAUAGGAUUUGAAGGGGGCAUUUGUGGUUUGGAGUUUAUGAUUGAACAAGGCAUUUUUUGAGUAAAAAACUCAGUUGAUGGCUUUUUUAGAUCAA